GUUGCUAAGGGUGCUGCUCGCCGGAGGUGUGGGGAGUCCUAAGUUUUGAGAACCAGGACCUUAGAGGUCAAGGGUCAGUACAAAGCCCGGGAGGAGAUGGUGAAGCAGACUAUCCAGAUUUUCGCCAGGGUGAAGCCCACUGCCCGGAAGCAGCAACAAGGGAUUUAUUCCAUAGAUGAAGAUGAAAAACUAAUACCUAGCUUGGAAAUUAUCUUACCUCGUGACUUGGCAGAUGGAUUUGUGAAUAAUAAGCGAGAAAGCUACAAAUUUAAAUUUCAAAGGAUUUUUGAUCAAGAUGCAAACCAAGAGACCAUUUUUGAAAACAUUGCCAAACCAGUUGCUGAGAGUGUCCUGGCAGGUUACAAUGGUACCAUCUUUGCAUAUGGGCAAACGGGCAGCGGUAAGACAUUCACCAUCACCGGUGGGGCGGAGCGCUACAGUGACAGAGGCAUUAUCCCAAGGACACUGUCGUACAUUUUUGAGCAGUUACAAAAGGACACCAGCAAAAUAUACACAACGCACAUUUCCUACUUGGAAAUCUACAAUGAAUGUGGUUAUGAUCUGUUGGAUCCAAGGCAUGAAGCCUCCAGUUUGGAAGAUUUGCCGAAAGUGACAAUAUUGGAGGACCCCGAUCAGAACAUUCACUUGAAAAAUCUGUCUCUUCAUCAGGCAACCACGGAAGAAGAAGCUCUGAAUCUGCUUUUCUUAGGAGACACCAACAGAAUGAUUGCAGAGACUCCUAUGAACCAAGCUUCAACCCGUUCCCACUGCAUUUUCACUAUUCAUUUGUCAAGUAAAGAACCAGGAUCUGCAACUGUCCGACAUGCCAAACUUCAUUUGGUUGACCUGGCUGGGUCAGAGCGAGUUGCAAAGACUGGAGUAGGGGGCCAACUUCUAACAGAGGCCAAGUAUAUCAACCUGUCACUACAUUACUUAGAACAGGUUAUCAUUGCCCUGUCAGAAAAACACCGAUCACACAUUCCAUAUAGGAACUCCAUGAUGACCAGUGUCCUCAGAGACAGUUUGGGAGGGAACUGCAUGACGACCAUGAUUGCCACGCUCUCUGUAGAGAAAAGGAAUAUCGAC